UUCCUAGAGAGAGAGAGAGAACCGCGAAAGCUAAUCCCACAGAAGGAGUAUGUCAAAAAAAUUUCCUCACCGAAACCCUAGAUUUUGAUUACAAGAUGAAAACCCACUUCAGAAAAAUUCUAGGAUUUUGAAUUGGGUUUGAAAUUUAAAGCCUAUUGGCAUAGAGGUAAACCUUUUUAGUCUCAAUCUCUGCCUCCCAUUAUUGGAUUUUUCAGUUUCUGUUUAGGCAGUGAUCCGCGAGCCUUCGAUUAUUUUGGACUGAUUCGAAAUUCUUAGAAGUUCGGGAUUCUGAUUCUAAUUGGAUUCCAUUUGGGAUUUGCAAGUUCUAUUUGAUAUAAACUGGAAUCGUCCCGUUGGUCUUUUUUUUUUUUUUUUUUUUUUCUUUUUCUUUUUGAAUCACUCUGGUCUUUGAGAUCGUAUAUCUGAAAGUUUAGUGGAAACUGAAAAGAGGAUCUGAAUUUUUGGGAUUCAAUUCGCGGUGGGCUUGUGCGGAUUAAGGUUUGGGGCGUUUUAAUUUGAAAUUUAGCAUUGAGAAGGAGUUGUGGGUUCAGUGAGUUUGGGUUUGAUUUAAAGGUGGCUUGGUGCUUUUGAACGUAUACUUGGAAAAUAAUUUUGGGUUUGUGAAUGUGAGGUCAUACAUUGGAGAUUUAUUGAAUUGGUGGACUAUUCGGUGGUGGGAUUGGUGAAUUGGUUGCGGCAUUUUGGAAUUCAGCUUUGGAAGACAAUCUUGGGUUAUGUGAAUGAGAGGUUUUUGUAGAGUAGAAAGGAGAUGAAACCCAAGGUUGUGGAUUUGGAGGUACAAUGACUGGAGGGUCAUUGGGUUUACGUACGGGGAGUUAUGGAUCACUGCAACAACAGAUACAGAACGGCUUCUUGCCGGCGACUCAGGCAACACCAAUACUUGUGCGAAAGCCUACGAAGAUGUUUUUUUCUAGUUCAAGGGAGAAGGAAAGGAUUCUCCUCUUUAUUUGCCGAUAUGCCGGUCGGAGGAGGGUUGCAAUGCUCCUCUUGGUUGUCCUUGCUCUUUUGGUUUUUGUGUUCGGUUCCUUUAUGGUUAAUAAAGCAGAAUCGAACAUCACUUCAAAUAUCGGAAGCAUGGAUCCCUAUCUGUCAAAUCAUCCUGUGUCCUCAAAUCUACCAGGAGUAGAAGAUUAUCUUUGGGGUAAAAAUGCUUCUGGACAGCUCUCUUUGAAAGGAAGAGAUCAGAGUGGAGCUCUGUCUCCUCCUCCUCCUCCUCCUCCUCCUCCUACUGCCUCUGCUGCUGCAAGAGCUAUAGAUGUUACAAGGUCUUCCCCUCCAUCAGGCCAUCUGUGUGGAAAAUUUGUAUUUCCUCCUCCCCCGCCAGCCAAUAGUAAAAGGAUUGGACCACGUCCAUGCCCAGUAUGUUACCUCCCUGUGGAGCAGGCAAUAGCUAGUAUGCCAAGCUCCCCAUCAGCAUCACCGGUGCUUCGUAAUUUGACAUAUGUUCAUGAUGAUAAUCCUAUUAAAACUGAGACUCAUGGAGGCUCUGACUUCGGUGGAUAUCCUUCUCUAAAGCAGAGGAAUGACUCUUUUGAUAUAAAAGAGUCAAUGGCAGUGCACUGUGGAUUUGUUAAAGGAAGCAAACCUGGUUACCAGAGUGGAUUUGAUAUUCAUGAAGCUGACCUUAUGGAGUUGGCGCAAUUUCAUGAGGUUAUUGUUGCAUCAGCCAUAUUUGGAAACUAUGACGUUAUCCAACAGCCCAAGAACAUUAGUGAAGCAGCAAGGAAAAAUGUUCCUUUUUAUAUGUUUAUUGAUGAAGAGACAGAGGCUUAUAUGAAGAAUUCCAGUGUCUUGGACAGCAGUAAGAAGGUUGGGUUAUGGAGAACUAUUGUUGUUCAUAAUAUUCCAUACACUGAUCCAAGACGUAAUGGAAAGGUUCCAAAGCUUCUAUUGCAUAGGAUCUUCCCCAAUGUCCGGUAUUCUAUAUGGAUUGAUGGAAAGCUCCAGCUUGUUGCGGAUCCAUAUCAAAUUCUUGAGAGGUUCUUGUGGCGCGAAAAUGCUAAUCUUGCCAUCUCAAGACACUAUAAACGCUUUGAUGUGUAUGAAGAGGCUGAAGCUAAUAAAGCUGCUGGGAAAUACGAGAAUGCCUCCAUUGACUACCAGAUUGAGUUUUAUAGAAGGGAGGGUUUAACACCAUAUUCUUUGGCUAAGCUUCCUAUAACUAGUGACGUUCCUGAAGGUUGUGUCAUCGUAAAGGAGCACAUUCCCAUCACAAAUCUUUUUACCUGUCUAUGGUUCAAUGAAGUUGAUCGUUUUACUCCCAGGGAUCAGUUAAGCUUUGCCACAGUGAGAGACAAAAUAAUGUCAAAAGUUAGUUGGAACAUCAAUAUGUUUUUGGACUGCGAAAGGCGUAACUUUGUGAUACAGGCAUACCAUAGAGAUUUAUUGGAGCAGUUGUCUCCUCCAGUUAGUCCGAUAAUCCGUUAUCCACCCGCUUUGCCUGAUUAUAAACCAGUUGUAAAGCCUCCUGUGAAGAAGAGUAGCAGGCGAAGGGGCGAUAGGAGAUCUGGUCAGAAGCGUCAUCGUAAAGUUGUUGCGGGUAGUAGAGACAACAAUCCAUUCUAGUUCUUUUUUUCUUUUCAUUUUUCCUUCUUUUUUUCUUUGGCUAAAGAAAAUGUGAUCUUUUUGUUUUUCCUUUCUUUCUUCUUUGAUUCAAAUUAUACAUCACGGGUUAGGAACAUGUGGUUAGAUGCGUGCAGGAUGGUCCGAAGGACAAAAAAUGGCUCAAAUUUUUGUUUCAAAAGAUGUUGAUAACUAUCCAUUUUUGUUGUAAAUACCUUUACUCGAAAUAAGUUUCAUACAAGUUGCUGCCUUUUUCUCA